UUUAAGAUGAUGGAAAAACGUGCUAAACUGAAGAAGGUGAACCCGGAGAUCACGUGUGGCCUGUGUAAGGGAUAUCUUGUGGAGGCCACAACCAUCACAGAGUGUCUACACACAUUCUGUCGUAGUUGCCUAGUUAAGUUUUUACUAGAGAACAACACGUGUCCACGGUGUGGGGACCUGAUACAUCAAUCACACCCUCUCAACUACAUCAGCCAUGACAGAACAAUGCAGGACAUUGUCUAUAAGCUGGUGCCCAAUCUACAAGAGAAUGAAAGGAAAAGGCAGAUAGAGUUCUACAAGAAGAGAGGAAUACAGAUGCCGAAUGGCGAUGCAUAUGAGGAGGACAAGAAGAACAUGGAGAAAUCUCCGCCCAAACAGGUGGACAACAAGGACUUCCAUCGCCUGGACGAACAGGUGAACAUCUGUUUGGAAUGUAAGGAGAUCAACACUCUAAAAAGCCUGAAGCGUAGGAUCCUGCGUCUCUCGUCCCUGGCAACCGUCACACACCUGAAGAAGUUUGUGGCCCUCAAGGUGUUCGACACCAUCGACAGAUACAAGGAUGUAGACAUUCUGUGUAACGAGGAACUUCUGGGAAAGGACCACAUGUUGAAGUUCAUCAUUGCAACUCGCUGGAGAAAUACAGAUGGACCAUUGUUGCUUCACUACCGGAGGAAGAUGGAGUUAUGAGGAGAAUUGCCGAUAAGAGUGAGGGAAAGUUUUAUACAAGAGAUGAGACACUCAACAGCCUGGCAUCUGAUGCACGUUCUUGGAUGUGUAGAACAUGUAUGUGCAACUGAAAAACUCAAAACAAGUUCUAGUUCUCUUCAUGGUCAUUAGAUUUGGAAAGACAAGGUGUAAAUUUAUAUGUGUUUUCUUGUGGUCAGUUUCUAAACCUACACUCUAGAUAGUGUAAAGUACAUCAUGUAUCCAUAAUUCAGAGGGGAGAUAUUUGGUACAGUACUGGGUGGUACACAUGUACCUGUUGCACUCAUGCUAAUUGUUCAAGUUGGGACUUUCCUCAACUUAUUAAAAUGUACUUUUGUCAUACAAAUGUAUAGAUAUUGAAUCAAGUUCUUAAAAAGAUCAAACCUGUUUAUUAUGCAAUUAUUUAUAUGCCAUAACAUUUCGUGGGCUCAGUGCAAGAUGACUGUAACUCAAUAUAGAUAUGGAAGCCAUUACAACAGUCUUGAACUAAGUCUGCGAAAUGGUUCUUUGUAAUGAUAGUUCAGGAGUUUUGUUUAUUCUUUCUAAUGUUUCUAUUUUCUUUCUACAUACUAUGUUUUUAAACUUAUCUGGACUAAUGCAAUUCAUUUGUGCAUUCGGAACUCUUCUUUUGGAGGUUGUUGGUAUUCAUGUUAAUGAACUAAAUAAAUAAAUUGCAAACCAUACCUAUGUUGUAAAUAUAUAAUUAUGCCAUAUGAUGGAUACUGAAAUAUGUUGAUUAAUGGCAACUGUGGUGUUAAGUAUACACAAAUGUAGUACAAGGUACACCUACUGAAACAAUGUUUUUGAAUGAUCACUUUAACAAUAAUCCCACAGAAGCAUAACAGUUGGAUCAUUAAUAGAUCAAUAAAAGAAAACUCGACAGUAAAUGAGUUUGAGGAAAUUUAGUCCAAGUUAGAAUGAUUUCGUCAUUGUGGUGCAACACAUUUAUUCAACAAACAUUUUUAAUUAAUUCAAAGCACUUUGGUACUCGGUAUAUUUUAAUAAACCCUGAUUAAUGGUGUACAAGAUAUAAGUAAUUGCAAAGUACUUGAAUAACAACAAAACAGCAGUGAUGUGUAUGUUAAAAUGGAUAUGCUUGUGGUUUAAACAUUUAAUUAGUCAUUGUAAUGUAUGCUUUAGAAUAUAUAUAUAUUUGUUAAAAUGACGAUAUUUAAAAACAAUUGUUUUAUUGGAUGAUGAUUAGAGAUGACGGUUGUGGUGAUGAUAAUGAUGAUAAUGAUGAUGGUGAUGAUAAAGUGAUGAUGAUGA